AUGCCAUCCUUUUCAGCCAAUCGACAAGGCCGUCCGAGGCCGUCGAAUAUCUCUUUCGGACGUCGAAGGUCGGAUGACAAGUCCAUGCCAUCUCCUUCUUUCAACAGCUCCAUGUUUCUAGGCUCUUCCGAUGAUGUCUUUUGUGACUCGUCAAGGUCGGUGGAUCGUCUUCGUCACCACUAUCUGGCCAUGCCUUCGACACCCUCGAGUCUCUGUCCGGGCAGCUCUCCAGGAGCCCGAACUGAACGACUCCCGAGCCUUACCGACCUAUUCGAUCAGGAGAUCCUGUCGCCACCCUCGAGCAACUUCCUGAGCGUCGGCUCAUCGAGGUCAAGUCAGGCGGGCGACCAGAUGCAGAGAUCCGGCUCCAUGUCUUCCGCUUCCUCAGGGCGCGGUCGCCAGUGGCGUCCAUCAUUCGCAAGUGAAGGUCCGUCUGGUUCCAUUGGACCACCUGCAACACCGCUGUCCCCUUACUUUAUGACAGCGAGCAAAGGUCCGAUCAGGUCCCCGCCAGGCUUCUCGUCAAGUCCUCCGCACAACUCGAUCCUCAGCGGUCCAAGCGAUGGUGAAAGGACACCUCGGGCAGCUUCAAGGUCAUCAUUUGACUCUACAACAAACACAAGCAGCUAUGCGAGAAGUCCAAGAUGCCCGGGUGCUCCUUUGAUUGGAGUCCAAGAGCGGGGUCAUUUUGCUACGCGUCCUUGGCAGUCGGGAAGUGUUGUGUCCUCGCUGGGUACCUUCCGGGGAGUUCAGCGCUCAGUGCCCAACUCGGGAUUUGAUCACAGCCCGGAGCCAUAUUCUGACGAGGAUCGAGCUGCCAUGUCCAGAAUUCAUGCUUCUCUUCCGAAGGCACCGGGCCUGGUGGGACUGGGAAUCUUCAUGGAUGAAGCAAACGUACAAUCACCUUUCCGCAAGAUGUCACAGAGUCUCCAGACCGGGCGAGCCAUGGACCAAUCGCCUCCAGCUCGAAGCCAGAACGGACACAGCGACCACACGGGUCUGACACCCAUGGUCAAAGCCUCCAAGGUGUCGGAUACGUCAUCUACACCUACGCGCUCAAAAGCGAAAAAGGCGACUGGAUCUCCCGCGACCUCUUCUGCGGCUCUGGUCAAGGUGUCACCCACCGCGACAGCGCUGAAGAAGCAGAACGAACCCUACAAGACGCCGCUGAACAAGUCUCGUCCUAUGUUCAGGCUGGACACUGGCUCCGGAAAGAAGUCGAGCAAGCCCAAGGGCCACAAGAUGAGCCCCGAUGCAUCUCCAUGGGGCGUAUUCGGUGGCAAGGACGGAUGGAAGCCUCUUGCGCCUCCCAAUGUGUCACGCGCAAUCGCCGAGGCCAACAAGCUGUUGGCCGAGACCACGACCAAUGCUUCGGACGCGGCCAAGUCCUCGGUGCCACGCUCGUCGCCGACGUCCAAGAGACAGGCGACCUCCAAUGCGGGGGCCGAGAGUCCCUCAAAGAAGCUGCGAGCCAUCGACGCUCAGUCUUCGCCGUUCAAGGAGAAUCUGCCUCCGUCACACGCCUCCUUGUCUCCCUCGAAGCGGGGUCCGCUUUCCUCUUCGUCACACCGCUGGGCUGCGAAAUCGCAGAGCUGCGAGGGCGUACCUGUGGUGGACUGCAUGCAGCCUGCACCUUCCAAGGGGGCCAAUGAUCACCUCGACAGGGGUCAGGGAUCAUCUGUCGCCAAGGAGUGCAGCUCCAAGGCGGGCUUGCUCGUAGAAGCGCUGCGGAGCGCUGCUGCGCCGACAACACAAGUCUCGCUGCUGCACGCACGAGGCAGGAGGCAGGCGCCGCCCGAUGGCGCUUGGCAACAGGAGGCGCUGCCGAGCCCGCCUCGGUCUGCACUCGGAAUCGUUGUUGGGUGGGUGCGCGUCAAGGUCGAGCCUGUCCAGCACCAGCUCGACAACCUUCCUGCCUCUCCUCGCUCAGCGCGCAUCUUCUUCGGCAACUCACAGGUGCGCGAGCGGCAGACGCGGGAUAGCAACGCGUUCAAGGCUCUCUCGGCCUCCUACGUCCGGAUCGCAGCUCUCCUCGCGCGCAAAGCAGCUCCGCUCGAGGCAAUCUUCCGCACUGGUCCAACCCUUGACCCGCGCCAAAGCAUUCAACCCAAGCUCGCCAGAUCGACCAAACAAUCCGUCUCAGCCAGCUAUAUCUUGACCCGCCGACACAAUAGCAUUCGAAGCCGCAUCCCAACCCCCGUCUAUGCGCCGCAUUCAUCUCCUCACCUCUCCGCCUCCCCUAGGAGUGCGCUAUUGUCGGCCCCCUUCCAUCCUGUUCGAACUCGCAAACCCGUUAUCGUCGGUCGACAUCUCAUAUCUCCAGCGCAGCGCGGCAACGCUCAGGUCUAUGCGGUCGUGACGCAGCUCCCUCGACGUGUCCCCUUGCCAUUUGACCCAAUCUCGGUAAAAGCCCUCGAGCUGCACAACGGUAUCGGAUUCGGCAUGAGUGCUACUCGCGAUCAGACUAGCUCGCGUAUCCCGCUCAGCGUCAAGAACACAUCGACACAAAGCGCACUGCCCCGUGAUGCCUCGUUACUUAGCAAGCCUGCGGCUCAACAAGCGCUUCGCGGAUCGAUAGUGCCGGGCGCCAGCGGCCUUCCUCGUCCUCGUGCAACCGCAUCCGCAUCCGCAUUACCCAACUUUAUCGCCCGCUCCCAUCUCGGCGUAGACCGAUCGAACCAGGAGAACACUCUCCCCCAAUAUGGCAUCGCCACGCCAAAGAAGCGCGCCAUCCCCAUCGACGAGUCGCACGUCCGCAAUGUCGUCUUGGACAGCCCAAGCAAACGCAGUCGGUCCUCCCGAACUGGAACCGACAGCAGCAAUGCCGAACAGAGCGUAAGCGGCGCUCUCGCCACCGACCUCAAUGGCAUUCGGGUGCAAGACGCGAGGAAAGCGUCACAGUCUGCCCACGCACAUGCGUCGAUGGACCGCGUUCGCGCCUCGCAGCAGACUCUCGCGCUGGCGCACGCCACAUCGGUCAAGACCAACCGAAAGGUGCAGGAGCCCUCGCAAGAGGUCGUACAAGAGUCUCGCCGAAGGCAGACCGAGAACGAGAUCUGGCGUCAAAAGUACAAACGCGCUUUUCCCAACUUCAUCUUCCACUUUGAUUCGGUUGACGCCGCCUCGGCAAAGAGGUAUGGCGAGUUCAUCCUGGAGCUCGGCGGUCACGUCGACCAGUUCUUCUCGCGGCGCGUCACCCACGUUAUCACCACGCGCCAAGUCCCUGAAGAGGGUGCGCCGGGGGAGCCAGCACCGCUAGAGCCAACGCUGCGAGAGCCAGCGGCGAGAGAGCCAAUCACGUCGGCGGGCGGCUGCAAUGCUGAACGGCUGUCGGCGCAGAAGUUGUUCCGCCCCAGCUUUCUGGCUUCGCGUGCCGCCUCGGCCAAGGCUGGUGGCAACUCAAGUCGCGCGCGCCCCGUCCCACUGUUCUCCGAACGCAAUCCGUUGCAGGAACCACCCAGGGGCCAGUACGGCCCGCAAGACAUGCUGGUCAAGGCCCAGUCUUUCGGUAUGCGCAUCUGGCAGCUGGAAAAGCUGCAGAAUGUUGUGGUGCGCCUUCUGAACCUCUCGAUGCGCGACCUUGAAGGCCCCAGAAAGAAGAACUUGUCCAAGAUGCUCCAGAUGGAAAAGGUGUACGGCACCACCGAGCGCGACCCUACUGCAGCGCGAUCGUCGUUCCACUAUUUCGACAAACAUUCGGCCUACAUCUUGGUGGAGGAUGCAACCAUGGAGCACCGCCCGAUCAUCACCCACGAGUAUACCUACACCGACGACGAAAAGGCGGAAGGAGCUAAGCCUCCUUGGCCUGUCGUGUACGGUGAGACGCUGGGGCGAUGUCCGUUUACCUUCUAUCCGCCCAAACGCAACACUGUCAAGCCAAGAGACGGAGAGGACGUCGGUACUCUUCGCUUGGAAGUGCCGCAGAGCCUUCGUCGCGCCGUGUCGCUCAACAACAUGGCUCGAUCCAACCUGGGUCCUGCUAUGCGUCCCCAAGCUGCCCAGCUCGGCGCGAUCGACAUGAAGCGUCAGGAGAAUCCGCUGGCAUCGGGCAACAGCGUCUCGAUCACCUCGAACAUUGCCUCGACCACAUCCAACAUCUUUACGGAUCAGCAGACGGGCGCGACGGUGGGGCUGCCGCAGAACCGACGUGUGGCGGAGCUGAAUCGGCGCGUGCACAUGUCGAACACAUACAGCCGCCCUUCGCACUUGCUCAACGCGAGUCCUGCGAGCGUGAUAGCGGGUAGCACGACGGCGAGCGGGCUUGGUCUGCACCGCGAGGGAGGCAGCCGAGCGAUGGGAAGUCCUGCUGCGCAGCGAGGUGCCGAGUCGGGCGCCACGGUGCGUCGCAUGCUGGGUCUGGAGGACCAGCGAGCGCCGGGCAUGGCGUUGCAGCGCAGCGCAAGCACAAGUGCCGUCGAUCGACCGCCAUCCGCCAAGAAGCCAGGUUACUGCGAAAAUUGCCGCGUCAAGUACGAGGAUUUCACCGAGCACAUCUACGACCGCAAACACCGCAAGUUUGCCACCAACGAGGUGCACUUUGUGGACAUUGACGCGCUCAUCAUGCGCGUCCAGAGGCCCAUCCGGCCAUCGUCGGAGGACGAGCUGUCGUCGGGCUUUCUGGAGUUUGAGGCCAUCCCGUCGUCGCAGCCCGAGGAGAAUGUCGCCUACUCGGAUUCGGACGAGGAGCUCUCUGCUGGCUCGCCCGAGGCCGAAGACGACGAGGCUGGUGAGGGAGAAGAGUUGCCCGCCAGCAUGCGCACUCACGUGCAUGGAGCGUAUGCUUAA